UUAUUUUUGACUUUCUAUCUGUAGUUUUUUAAUUCUUUUAAUAUUGUCAAUUAGCAUAAUAUUAACAGAAAAAAAUACUUUUAUAAUUAAUGUUAUUAAUAUAAUUAAUUCUUUUGCAAGCGUGAUUUGUCUUACAUCAUCUCAAGUAUAACUUUUUAAAGGGAACGAAUGCAGAAAGGAAAUCGAUAAGAUUCGGUAUUCAAUUCAGUGUAGUGCAUGUGCCGUGGCCCGUGAGCAAAAAAGCACAGCAGAAAGCAGAAUAAAAGUUGAGACAAGAACACACCACAAUCGCUGCUGCGAUCUCCUGACCUCUCACAUUUUAUUAUAACGCCCGAUAUAACGACGGAAGCAGUACUUAAAUUAAUUUAAUUGCUUAAUUGUAAUUGUGAUUACACCAAGAUGAAUGGGAAUAGUAAAUUAGAAGAUAAAAAGGAGUCGCCAGGCAGUGGUUCAUAUAAGCCUGUACCAGACAAGGAAAUGGAAGUUUUAGGAGAUACAGUUAUACGAUCUAAAGGUGUAAGUAAGUCCAAUAAUAAAGAAACCGAUGGAGCAGACGAGAGAAUGCUACCCAAAGAAGACACCAAAGUGUCCCCAAACUCAGAUAUAUCCUUAAAGGAUGUGAAGAUAGUAAUGGGGGAGAAAAAUGGUGAUGCAAAACUCGACAUUGUUGAGCCCAAGGCCACUUUUGGUGGUAUGACCAAGGAAGAAUUGAUGAAGUAUGCCAAUGACCCAUUUUGGGUACGUCUCCGUUGGUUCCUGUUCGUUACUUUUUGGUUACUAUGGGCGGCUAUGCUGAUUGGAGCUAUUAUGAUCAUUUAUGCCGCUCCCAAGUGUGAUCCUCCACCACCGAGAACCUGGUGGCAAGUCGGACCUUUGGCAACAUUAGAUCCUGAUGCCAAACCUGAAAGUUUAAAUUCUCUUAACAAAGACAUUAAAGGUGUAAUAAUUGUAUGGCCAGAGGACUCAUAUAAACCAUUUGAUGAAACUCACGACACCAUACAACUUAUUAAAAAAGCUAAAGAAUUAGGCACGAAGGUUAUUGUAGAUUUGGAUCCAGCAGUUACCGAUCUGUGGUAUACAGAGAGUGAAAAUUCAAAUGAGACCUUCAGUGAUUACUAUAUUUGGUUACCUCCUUCAUACAAAAACGGGGUGUUGACACCUCCUAAUAAUUGGAACUAUCUAAAUAAGAACUCGUCAUGGGAAUAUUCAAAGGUUCGCGAACGAUUUUACUAUGCUCCAUUAGGCGUUCCUCAUCUCAAUUUCCGCGAAAAGGCAGUCGUACAAGAAUUCUCCAAAAUUAUAAAGAAAUUCAUAGGACAUGGUGCGUCAGGAAUUCGAAUUAGAAAUGCUCCAUUGUUGCUGGUAGAUCCCAAAUUUCAAAACGAAGCCAAAUUUGAACACAAGGAUGGUGUCGAAAUUGGAGAUCCUGAAUUCUUCACUCCUACCAAAACUAUGAAUUUAUUGGAUCUUGGCAAGCUGCUGUUGAACUGGAAGGAGGUGGUAAAAAAUAAUACAGUGGAUGGUCUCUUAAUGGUGGCUGAAGAAUUGGGUAAAAUUCAAUCUUACCAAGUUAACGACAGCUUAGUGGUGGAUCUACCUCUUAUGACAAAUGUGUUCUCCAAACCCAAUGUCACAACCAUCGUGAAUCGAUUAAAUCACACAUUUAAGAUUGAUAACGUCAAAUGGCCCCUAUGGAAGGAAACAAGUUCUUCUCUUCCACCAGACGUCAUCAGUAUCGUGACAAGUCUUCUUCCAGGAGCAAGUUUGGUGAAAUUAAAUGAUACUAUAGAUCACCAGCUUCUUCAAAUUAGGGAAUCGCCUUCGAUCAUGAGGGGUAAUUGUGACAUGUAUGCAGUCAGCAAUGAUACCGUAUUUGCUUUUGUCAGGGAGAUAUCCGGAAAUCCAGGAGUUCUCGUUCUUCUAAACACAGGUGAUCAGAAGGUGACUCUAAAUGUGAAACAAAACAUCGCUGCCUUGUCCGAUUUAGACGAGGUGACAAUACAAUAUUAUAGUAAGAACUAUAAUGAGACUAGUCAUAAGGACAUUAAUGCCAAGAAAGAUUCGACGGAUAUUCCGAUAUCACCGAAAUCUGUGUUGGUUCUCCAGUAUGUUCCAAAGAAGAAGCAGUAAAUGGAGACAGAAGGGGAAGACUGGUUGUUCUGAAAUAUUUAACAAUUUCAAUUGCCAUUAAAAAUAUUUAUGAAUAAAUGAUAAGCAGC